AUGAAAGAUAAGGAGUACUGGAUAAAUAAGUUUGAUUUACAGCCACACCCGAAGGAAACUAAAGGAUUUUUUAAAGAAACCUUCCGUGAUGAAUUUACCGUCAUCGGAUCUUCAGGCGAACAGAGGGCUGCAUCUACUCUUAUUUACUUUCUUCAUGUUCAAGAAUCUCUUAACCCUAAAACUACAUUCUUCAAGGUAAAAUCUGUAGAGACAAUACACUGGUACUACGGGUCUCCUCUACACCUGUAUUAUAUAAACGAGGAGGAGAGGAGGCUGGUUAAGGUGGAGUUGGGAGUUGAUGAAUUUCAGUUUGCAUUCCCCCGGGGAGUCUGGUUUACUAGACUGUGUGAGGUAGAUGAUGGAUAUUCUCUGGUUGGGGCAUCUGUAGCACCAGGCUUUGAUUUCCAGGAUCUGGAGACUACAGAAUAUGAAUCUCUCCAGCAUCUUCUAUCCUAA